UUUAAAAUAAUUAGGAAGAUGAAGAUCAAUUUAAUAGUAAUCGUGCUUUCAUUAGCAAUUUUCACUUCUGCAAUAUGUUUUGUUGAAGCGGAUUCUCCCUCUUCUGGCGAUAUUGAAUUGAUAAAUGGAGGAAGAGCUUGCCAAGCGUGCACAGUCCUGGUUGCUUUGAUAGAACAAGUCGCUGAAGUCAACAACAGGACAGUGACUAAUAUGGUAUCGGAAUUAUGCACAUUCUUGCCAUCUGAAUACACGAUUUUAUGCGACAUCUUGGUUCAUCUUUGGGGUCCAUCUAUCAUUGAAAAAUUGAGUCGGAAGGAAUCUCCAGAUGUAGUAUGCUACAGUUUAGGUAUUUGCCACGUAGAUGCUGGAAUGGAUUACUGCCAUUUAUUCCCUGAACCAGAGGUUGGAAUGGAAAGAGCAGUUCAGUUAUCAAGAAGUGGUUCAACUGUAUUACCGUUUUUCCAUUGGACAUUUGUAGAACGAUUGUCUUCUGCUUGUGAGCUUCCUGGUGUUAGUUACGUUUGCAGAAAAAUAUUACGGGUUCUUGGCAAAAUGAAACCAUUUCUUGAUCUUGACGGAGACAAUUACAGUAUCAUACAGACUUUCAGAGGAGACGCUUGGCGAGGUAGAGAUUGUGAUGACGUCAAUGAAAAUAUCUACCCUGGCAGAAAGCCUACUGACAAAGAUAUCUUGAUGGAUUCAAACUGCAAUGGCAUUUUUGGACUGAAUCAGGAUUCUGGAAAAUCAUACGAAGAAGAGCUCUGCGAAGGUACCAAGUCUCAAGGGCUUAUUUACAUUGGAGACUCAAUCGGAGCUCACUUUCAUAUUCCGCCAGAAUGGGUCACUGCGAACCAAAUUACAAUGGAAGUGUUUAAAAAUUUUAGCUUUGCUUUUGGAAAUGAACUUGACUGGCCACAAACGUCAUUUCCCACAGGUUUCCAAAACAUGUCUUGGCCCAUUUUGAAUGGUCGAACCGAUUCCAUUUACUUGAGACUCAGAGGACGAAAUCUGUGCAAUCACCGGGAUUUUCAGAACAUUUGCUUCAAUGGAGCAGCCUCUGGAACAAUGCUUGAAUUCUUAAAAAGCAUCGCCAGAAAGCGAGAUGAUGACAAACCAGCAAUUGUGAUGUAUGGCAUGCUGGGAAAUGACGUAUGCAUGAGGUAUAUGAAUUCACUGGAUGAUUUGACAACACCUGAACAAUUCCGUUCAAAUGUAUUGGCUACUUUGGAUACACUAGAGACCAUGUUACCUCACGGCAGUCAUGUCAUGCUGAUCGGAUUGGUCAACGGAAGCUUUAUUUUCGACACCAUGGGAGAGAGGAUACACCCGCUCGGAAGUUUAAGAAACGACGUGAGAUAUGCCGAUUUAUACAACUGGCUCAACUGCAUGAGAUCUGGACCUUGCUUUGGUUGGCUGAACGGGAAUGCAACAAUAAGACAAGCAACUACAGCGAGGGCAGUGGAGCUAACAGAUGUUUUACAAGACAUUGUUGCUACAAAGAAAUAUGAUUCAUUCACAUUACAUUUUUUGAACAAUCCUGUCAGUCAAGUAAUUCAUAACUGGGAAAAGGAAGGACAUGAAUUAUGGAGAUUUUUAGAACCUGUGGACAGCAUGCAUCCAACACAGGAAGUAUUGCCACUGAUCACAGAAGCAGUGUGGAAUGAGAUCGCCGAGAAAUAUCCAGAGGUGUUAGGAGACAUAAAUCCUAAUAAUAAACAAAUAGAAAACCUCUUCGGAGACCAAGGAGGACAUUAGCAAAAAUCAGAUGUUUCAUUUGUAAAUUUUCUUGUCAUUUCAUCGUUAUCAGGGAUUUCUGAAUCAUAGUUUAUUAGGAAAAUGUAUAUAUUUUGCUUUGUGUUCCUACAAAAUGUGAUUUAUUUUUCUACUAAAUAAUCCUAUUUAUUAUGGACACAAAUGUUUAGUCAGAAAAAAAAAAUGAAAAUCCAAUGUACAGUUUCAAAAAAAUUUAAAAAUAAGAACUUAUACAUUGAAAUAAGAUUUUUAUAAUAAAAAUUUUAGAAAUUUGA